UCUUUCCGGUGUUUUAUUCGCAGAGCAAUUAAUGAAGUAUUUCUUUUGGGGGCUGCUAGAUUAAGCACGAUUUAGCCUCUUGGGGGCUGUCGCAUUUUUGUUCCUCCGUCCUGGCACGGCUGUUCUUGCCGCGGUAAACAUCGAAGCCAUGGACAUACUCUUUCGAAUAAGAGGAGGCUUGGAUUUGGCAUUUCAGCUAGCAACUACCGAUGAGGCAUCAGCAAAAAAGGCAUUAAGAUAUGUGUUCAGUGAUCUUGCAAACAAGCUGUCCUCAGAUGUUCUUGUGUUAAGAAUUUGCCAUAGUCCAGUCUAUGUGUGGCCUAACAGUGGUAUCAACACUGUUCCAGAGCUGACUGAUGAUUCUGCUUGUAAAGAGAUAAAACGAUUUAUACACCUUGAUCAAGAUGAUGAGACCCGACGAAAGCUUGGCAAAAAAAAGGAUAAAAAGCUACAAGAUAUGCAGCAGAUAAUCAAUAUAGACCUCAUGUUAGAGAUGACAUCUUCACUAGAUGCUUUGGCUCCAGUCAUUGAAAGGGAAAAUAAAGAACACCACUACAUUAAUAUGACUUUACCAGUUGAUGUUGUUUUGUCUGUUUCUCCAGAAGAAACAUGGGGAAAGGUACAAAAUCUCCUGGUGAAAGCAAUUCACAAGCAAUUAACUGAUAUGGAAAGAUGUAUCAUGAAAUAUAUGAAGGGAACGUCAAUUGUGGUACCAGAACAAUUUCAUUUCAUGUUACCAGGAAAAACUCACCUUGUAACAAUCUCAUAUCCUACAGGUAUUUCAGAUGAUCAGCUGGAAUGUUACAGAAAGGAGUUACACGAGUUGUUCAACCUACCGUGUGACAGACCGUACUUGAAGAGAGCAAAUGCUUACCAUUUUCCAGAUGAACCAUAUAAAGAUGGCUAUCUCAGAAACCCCCAUUUACAUCUUAAUUCACCUGGGACAGAGUCUGGUAUGGUUUAUUUAGUACAUGGUACAUACAGCUAUCAUCACUAUAUGCAGGAUCGCAUUGAUGACAGUGGCUGGGGCUGUGCUUAUCGGUCUCUGCAGACUGUCUGCUCGUGGUUCAGGCACCAAGGUUACAUAAAUGCACCUAUACCAACACACAAGGAAAUUCAGCAGGCGCUGGUUGAUGCCGGAGACAAACCUGCAGCGUUUGUUGGGUCACGGCAAUGGAUUGGCUCUAUUGAGGUACAGCUUGUUCUGAAUCAACUUUUUGGAAUAACAUCAAAAAUACUGUUUGUCAGCCAGGGUUCUGAACUAGCUUCGCAGGGAAGAGAGCUUGCUAAUCAUUUCAAGACUGAAGGAACUCCGAUUAUGAUUGGUGGAGGUGUUUUGGCUCACACGAUAUUAGGAGUGGCUUGGAAUGAGAUUACAGGGCAAAUAAAAUAUUUGAUUCUAGACCCACAUUACACUGGAGGAGAAGAUCUACAUGUUAUUGUGGAAAAGGGUUGGUGUGGAUGGAAGGGCCCAGACUUCUGGAACAAGGAUGCCUACUACAACCUGUGCCUACCUCAGCGACCAAAAACUGUUUAAAUUCCACUCUUGGGCUGGAACAUGCUAAGCCAGACUACUAGCAGAUAUCUAGAUAUAACUUGUCUUGUUAGUUAGACUAAUGCUUUCAGGUGAUCAAAACCCAGAUGAAAUAGAAAUAUUACUUACAUAAUUUAAAUCAAGAUUUUUUUUUUAAUGAAACCUCUGAAAAACAAGGGAAUUACAUGCUGUGAACUGUAUUUCCUACAACUGUUUAUCGAGUAACUUAUACUCUUUCCUUUUGGCUAAGAUAACUUUGUUUAUAUAGCAAUUUUAUGCUAAAAAGCUUUACAGA